AUGGUAUUUAUCUCUUCCCUUUCUCGUCAAUUGCGACGGCCCGCGACCCAACUCUUUACUUCCGGCAUUAAGCCUGCUGUUGCCACCGGGUCCUUCGCGCCGGCCUUUGCCAAUGCUCGUACGCUGACCGCAUCUGCCAAACUUCAGGGCAAGGUUCUUUUGGUUCUCUACGACGGUGGUGAGCACUCUAAGCAGCAGCCUAAGCUGCUCGGUACCACCGAGAAUGAGCUUGGUAUUCGCAAGUGGCUCGAGGAUCAGGGCCACACUCUGGUCACCACCUCUGACAAGGAGGGUGAGGACUCUACCUUCGACAAGGAGCUUGUCGAUGCCGAGGUCAUCAUCACCACUCCCUUCCACCCCGGUUACCUUACUGCUGAGCGCCUCGCCAAGGCCAAGAAGCUCAAGCUCGCUGUCACUGCCGGUAUUGGUUCUGACCACGUUGACCUGAACGCUGCCAACAAGACCAACGGCGGUAUCACUGUUGCCGAGGUUACUGGCUCCAACGUCGUCUCUGUUGCUGAGCACGUUAUCAUGACCAUCCUCACUCUGGUCCGCAACUUCGUCCCCGCCCACGACCAGAUCCGCAACGGUGAGUGGAACGUCGCCGCUGUCGCCAAGAACGAGUACGACCUCGAGGGCAAGGUUGUCGGUACCGUUGCCGUCGGCCGUAUCGGUGAGCGUGUCCUCCGCCGCCUGAAGCCCUUUGACUGCAAGGAGCUUCUUUACUACGACUACCAGCCCCUGUCCCCCGAGGUUGAGAAGGAGAUCGGCUGUCGCCGUGUUGAGAGCCUCGAGGAGAUGCUCGCUCAGUGUGAUGUUGUCACCAUCAACUGCCCUCUCCACGAGCAGACCCGCGGUCUGUUCAACAAAGAGCUCAUCUCCAAGAUGAAGCCCGGUGCUUGGCUCGUCAACACCGCCCGUGGCGCUAUCGUCGUCAAGGAGGAUGUCGCUGAGGCCCUCAAGUCUGGCCACCUCCGCGGCUACGGUGGUGAUGUCUGGUUCCCCCAGCCCGCCCCCAAGGACCACCCUCUCCGCUAUGCUGAGCACCCCUGGGGCGGCGGUAACGCCAUGGUUCCCCACAUGUCUGGUACCUCCAUCGAUGCUCAGGUCCGCUACGCCGAGGGCACCAAGAACAUCCUGGAAAGCUACUUCUCCGGCCGUGAGGAUUACCGCCCUCAGGACCUGAUCGUCCACAAGGGUGACUACGCCACCAAGGCCUACGGUCAGCGCAAGUAA